AAACUACUUUAACGGGUAGUUGUAGUAUUUUUAAAAACGUAAUAAACAUAGUUACUUAUGUUAUUGUGUAUUCUAAAUAAGAUAUCGUCGUUGAAAAAUAAAGCUUGUACAUUCUGGAAAAAUUUGUUCGUCGAUUAAUUUCAAUUGCAAGCAUGGUGGGACGAUAUCGAGAGAGGCAGUACCAGUUAGCAGCGCAGAAGCACAACCAGCAGUGUCUCAAGUAUGAUUAUUAUCAGCAAAUUGCCAAAUACUUCGAACGCGAGUGUCGAAUCGCCAAGCACUAUGAUUCGUGGAAUUACAGGACUUUAGAUCGCGAAAGCGAACUCGAGAAGACUAAGAAAGCGGAAAGGUUAGAGGCUAGAAGGAAUAAAUUAAGAAAUCUUUUGAAGGAGGAAGAUGAAACGUAUAGAAGGGAGUUGGAGAGACGAAAGAAAAUAAAAAAUCGGCCGGAAGAGAUUUCUUUGGAGGCGUUAAAACAAAAAUUGAAGGAAAAACGCGCGGAGCAGAGCCUAUAUUUGCCUAGAACUUGUCGAAGAUAUCAGUCGUAUUUCGUCUGUCCCACGGAAACUAAUGCCCCAGGUUGGAAUACGCUUAGAAACACCAAUCUUCAAUAUUCUCGUGCCUGUAGAGAAUCGACGAAUCUUAUUCGACAAAAUUCUUAUAGUAGAAAUUCGAAAAUGAGCGAAAAUAGUAAUAAAACUUCCCUGGAGCAAGAAAAUAUAGACACGCGACAAGACGAAAAAAGUCUUCUGUCGUCACAGAGCUUGGACAGUGAGAGGCCUAAAUCGAGAUAUUCGGCUCGUUAUGCUCGCAGAAGUUUGGAAAAUACCAAUGUGAGAAACGACGAUUUCGUGGAUUCGCCAAACAGAGCAGCAAGUACAUCGUCUUUUACUUAUGGCUCUUCCGCUGCCUCCACUGAAAAGUUGGUGAACGAGAAAAUUCUUCUUCGUGGGGACGAUAAAGAGAACAGGACAGAAGAUGCGAAAUCAAACGGUCCUCAAAAUGGGAGGAUAACCGAAAGAUCUUCCUCGAGCGAUGGUAAUCCAAAGAAUCUUGCGCAACAAGAACAUAUUCCUCCUAAAAAAAACGAUGAGAAUAAUUCCUUAAAACAAUCGGAUCGUUUAAGCGAUAAUGCCUAUGAUACACGUAGAUCGGAACAUAGCGAGAAAGAAUAUCAAGACACGAAAAAGAACGACACUCGACAGUUCGAAAUUGAAAAAAGUUUGCCUUGGCUGCGAAUGGAUCCUAGCGAUAAGAAUCUCUCAAAAGAGAUGUUUUUAUACUUGACUCACAAGGAAUUGAAAUGCAAGAUCGAGGAUCUUUCCAGAAGAGAAAUGCACGCGUGCAACAAACAAUGUUGGGACGAGGCUUUACGGCUAAGAGAUAUGAGAAAUAAAUUGGAAUUAAUUCGCGAAAAGAGAUUGUACAAUAUGGAAAAUCUCGAAUUGGACGAAGAAGCGAGGAAGAUAGGAUUGGUUAAUAUCGAUAAGAGAGAAGCGGAACUUAUUGAAAGAGAGAAGAUUUGUAUGGAUUCAAUGAUGUAUAGCGAAGAAGCAAAAGCUUUAUGGAAAAAGUGGGUACACGAAGAUGAAAGAUUCGUGAUUAAGGAUGCUCGCCAAGAAAGGGAAAAAUUGAUGAACAAUUUGGAGAAAGAAUGGCAGAAUCUCGCGAUUCGUGAGAAAGAAAGAAUCUCAAGAUCAUACCAGAAUGUGAUGAAUGAAUCUGCUCUGCAAGAAGAACACAAACUGGCUGCGGCUAUUAACGCGGCCAGAAUAAAACCCCUUUCAAAUUCUUUAAAAUAGGUCUAAAUAGAAUUUCAAAAAUUCGCGUGCUUGAUUUUAUUAUAUCAAGCUUAACGAUUGUUCGCAUUUCAAUGUUUCUAGAAUACAAUUUUUUGCAAGUGAUAAUGUUGCAACUGUUGGAUGCAUUUCAAAAAAAUUUAGAGAAACGUUUAGAUCUUAGUAAAAUAUAAUUUAAAAAAAGAAAUAAAAUAAAUAAAAGAAAGAAAUAUAUCUAACAGUUAAUAGUUGUUAACCGUUAUAAAAGACUGAUUAUAUUCUAAUUAAAUUGGUAUUUAAAAAAUGUUACCGAAAUUGUUUCAGAUUAAUUACUGUAUUUUUCAUUAUUUUAAUUGUUCGUUUAUAUAAUUAAUCACUGAAUUCGUACUUCAAUUUUUUAAUUCUAGUCGUUUUCUAAUAACAAUCACGAUAUUGUUAUUAUCUAUUAAUAGCUCUACUAUUCACCAUUAAUUGCAAUUCAUUUAAUUGUAUCACAAUUGUUUAUAAUAUUCCACCAAUGAGAUUACUAUAUUUUAUAUUAUUAACUUGGAAAUAAAGUGAUCGCAUUGA